AUGAAAACGAGGACGUUCUAUCGUCGUGCAAUCCUGCGGUCGAGAUUCGAGCUCUUGACUAAAGAUGACGAGGAUAAUUUGAAAGGCAAGUCAAUAUUAGAACUUCGCGAGGAGUUCCGUCGUUGGGCUGCUACUAUACCGUCAGAAGAGAAGAAAGGUACGAGUAGACGAAAAUACAAUUACUUUCUCUAUGUGGACAAAGAGAUCUUGGAUUGGUUUCAGAAAGUGGAGACUGCGCGCGGUAACUGCGAGCCAGACUAUCUACACGAAGAUGUGGUAGCAGUUAUGGUCAAGAGGAGGAAUAGCGAUUUAUUAAACAUAGACGUACGAAAUGAGGACGUUUGA